AUGGCCAACCAAACUAUCGAACCCACCUUCCAAACCGCCAUCUCCGCCUCCAAAAUCAACGGCGUCGUCAUCUGCGCAACCAACACCACCGGCAGCUUCACCUACAACCACAUCGCCGGCUCACGCACCCUUCUUUCCGGUGAAUCCCUCCCCCACCAACUCAACGACAUCUUUUACCUCGCCUCCGCAACAAAGCUCAUCACCACCAUCGCCGCCCUCCAAGCCAUAGACGACGGGCACCUCUCCCUCGACUCCCCAGACACAAUCUCCCAAUUCGCCCCGGAACUAGUCAACAGACCCAUCCUCUCCCCAGACGGCGCGACCCUCACCCCUCCCACCAACCGCAUCACCCUCCGCCAGUUACUUUCCCACACCUCCGGCCUGGCAUAUCACUUCCUCCACCCUUACCUCUCCGCCUGGCGCGAGAAGAACCAAGAGCCCCUGCAACCAGGCCACCGUCGCCCAGUAGAAGAAGCAUUCGCUUACCCGCUGAUCUUUGAGCCCGGAACAUCCUGGUCUUAUGGACCUAACCUCGAUUGGGCAGGGCGUAUCCUCGAGCGAGCGACGAAUACCACCGUCGGGCACCACGUCCAGGAGCGCAUCUGCAAACCACUUGGCAUCCCAGCACAAGAUGCCCAGUUUUACCCCGUCGAGGGUGAUGAACCCAGAUCUCGAAUGGUCGACCUUAACCCCUCUGACCCGGAAGGGCUGGGGUUGGCUGUUGUGGGGGUGACAAUGGAUAUGAACAGGCGGAGUGAGGGGGAUUUUGGUGGGCAUGGGAUGUUUAUGAGUGCUGAGGGGUAUAUCAAAGUUCUUCGGUCUCUGUUGGCAAAUGAUGGAAAUUUGUUGAGGAAAGAGACGGUGGAGGAGAUGUUUAGGGAUCAGAUUGGGGCGGAGGGGGAGGAGAAUGCGAGGGGGGUGUUUGAUGGUCCUACUGGCAUCUUCUACAGGGUUGGGACGGAGGGGGUCAAGGUUGGACAUGGGUUGGGUGGGUUGUUGACUUUGGAGGGGGUGGAUGGGUGGUAUGGGGAGAGGACUUUGACUUGGGGUGGGGGGUUGUCGUUUGCGUGGUUUGUUGAUCGGAGCAAUGGGCUUUGCGGGUUGUGUGCGAUACAGCCGGCGAUGCCGGUUGAUGUGCGGAGUCUUUCGGAUUUGAAGAAUACGUUCAGGCAAGAUGUUUAUAGGAAGUUUGAGGAGUGGAAGAAGGAGGAGAAGCGGAAGUUGUAG